AUGCAGAUUGGUGGAGGCAAUGGUGAUGUAGCCAUGAAGCACCUUCCCUUGAUGCUUGAAGGUUUGGCCAAAGCUUGGUUGAAUCAGUUGGCCCCUGGAAGUAUUUUCUGUUGGGAAGAUUUGGCCCGAGUGUUCAUCAAGACAUUCGGAGGCACCUGCAAGCGACCUGUUGGGCUGACUGAAUUGCAACACUGCAUUCAGAAGCCGAAUGAAACUUUGAGAGACUUCAUCCAGAGAUGGACCACCCUUCACCAUGUGGUGGAAAAUGUGUCAGAACACCAGGCAGUUUGCGCCUUCAAAGAGGGCGUCCGGUACAGAGAGCUCAUCCUGAAGUUAGGUCGAUCCGGAGACAUUUUUCUGAGCCGAAUGAUGGAAAUAGCCACUUGGUACGCAAACGGCGAAGAAGAAGAACGACUUCGUAAUGGUAAAGUGAAACCAGUCGACCACGAUACUGGAGGUGGAAAUUCCAAUCGGAAGCCAAAGCGUAAAGCUGAACCCAUAGGCCUUGCUGAAGCUGCAGUCCUGAAUGCACAAGGAAAAUCAAAAGGAAAACCUAAAUGGUAG